UUAAUGAACUCCAAGUUGAAAAUUUAACUGCCUCAUCAAGCAAUGAUACAGUGACCUUGAGGUACAGGGCAGACAAACAUGGAACUGAUGUCACUUACGUGGUAAAAUCAUCUCCUUACAAAGGUCAUGUAGUACGAGACUCUGUCACUGUGAAUGGGGCUCAAUGGACAGGACUCGAUCCUGGGACAAUGUAUAACUUUACUGUUAUAUCCACUCUACCAGCAACUAACUUGUACAUGGCAAAGAAUGUUAGUUCUGAAGUAAUCACUAUCUGGACAAAAUCUGUCCAUGGCAUGGCAUGCAGCACUGACACAUGUGCUACUGAUCUCAGUUGCCUGCAGGCGUUGGAUGGCAGGAGACUGUGUCUGUGUAGCAAUACUUCUUUUUAUUUUACCUCAUCUAAAGCCUGUUUGCCUG